CACGUCAGAGUUAGCCGUAGGGAUGUGUAUUUUUUUGAGGUGAUCCUUUCUUUCUCAUCCACACCAUCUCUGCGUUUUCUCUCUCUUCAAAAACACACAGAAAAAGAGAGAUGAGGAAAGAGAAAUAGUAGUGUUUGUAGAAGAAGACUACUCUCUCUCUAUUGUUUUGUUCUUACAUGCAUGCCUAUAAUUGGAUUUUCUUGAUUUUAGAACAAAAAAUCCCAUUGCAAAAUCUGCAAAGAGGUAGUAGUGUCUGCAGAGCUCCCUCACUCUCUCUCUCUCCAACCAAAAAGUUGUUUUGUGGGGUGAAGCCAAAGAAGAAGAAGAAGCCAUAAUCAAAGAAGAGGCAGUUGAAGCUUCUUGAUGAGAGAGAGAAGCAAGCAAGAAACCAAAAAAAGAGGUAAAAAACUAAACCUUUGAGCAACAAUCUCUUUGUCCAUUUUUUUUCACCUACUUUCAUUUUAGCCUUUCUCUACUACUUAGGUCAGUGUAUUUUUUUGUCUUCAGAUCUCGAAAAUCCCUGUCUUAUUCCCAAACCACAACGUAGUUAAAGAUCUGUCUCCUCUUCCCACUUCCCAUGUUGCAAGAUUAAAUUUUUCUCUCUCUCAAGAUUCUCUCUCAUCAUCAUCCCACUCAUCCCAAACUGCAAAAAGAAAUAUGAAAAUCUCAGCUAUCCAAGAAGAGAACAUCUCCAACCUCACCACCGCCUCCAACGACGCUUCCUCCACCGGCGGCGAAAUGUACCCUCCGCCGUAUUUCCCGGCGCCAACCGCCGCCCCUCCUCCGCCCGCCAAGAAAAAGAGAAGCCAGCCAGGCCAUCCAGACCCUGGUUCAGAAGUGAUCUCUCUCUCUCCAAGAGCGCUCAUGGCGACGAACAGAUUCGUGUGUGAAAUCUGCAGCAAAGGGUUUCAGAGGGACCAGAACCUGCAGCUGCACAGGAGAGGCCACAAUCUGCCAUGGAAGCUGAAGCAGAGAAGCAGCAAGGAUGUGAGGAAGAAGGUCUAUGUCUGCCCCGAGACAAGCUGCGUCCACCACGACCCAUCGAGGGCGUUGGGAGAUCUCACAGGAAUCAAGAAACACUUUUGCAGAAAACAUGGGGAGAAGAAAUGGAAAUGUGACAAGUGCUCAAAGAAGUAUGCAGUUCAAUCCGAUUGGAAAGCUCACUCCAAAACAUGUGGCACUAGGGAAUACAGAUGUGACUGUGGCACCCUUUUUUCAAGGAGAGACAGCUUCAUCACACACAGAGCCUUCUGUGAUGCUCUAGCAGAAGAAAGUGCAAAGACCAUCACCACCCCCACCCCUACCACCCCAACUAUCCCACCCCAAAAUGCUGCAAAUUCAUUUUCCCACCACAUCAAUCUGCAGCAGAUUCAGUCCCAAUUCAGCAAUGCACAACAACAACUCCCAUUCCCAAUCAAGAAAGAGAACCAACCCUUCACCCUCAGGCCACCAUGGCUCCCCCCACCCCCCAAUAUCGACCUCACCACCCCCUCCUCAAUCUUCCAAGAUUUCCAAGAAAACACCCAAAACCCUAACCCUAACACCACCCCCACCACCACCAGCAUGGGCCCCACCACCAGCCUCCACCACGCCUUCCACCACCACCACCCACCUCCUCACAUCUCAGCCACUGCAUUGCUGCAGAGAGCAGCAGAGAUGGGCUCCAAAAGCAGCACCACCCCUACCCCAACCAGGCCCCACCACCCUCACGUGCCUGCUGGUGAAUCCCCAGCAUCUGGCUUCGGCCUAAAGCUGGCCUCACGUGACCACUUCAUCAAUGGCUUGCCUCCAUUCGGCAAUAAAGCUGCUGCUUCUUCCCCUUUCAUGCUCCAUCACGAUAUGAUGAUGUUCAACACCUCCACAUUCCAACACCAUAAUCAAGAAUCAACCUUUGAAGACGAUGACUUGUCCUUUGCUGGGAUGUUAAAUAACACCAACAACAACACCUCCCCCUCCUCCCAUUCCAAGAGGGUCGACGAAAGUUUGGAUUUUGAUGCCACCCUCAAUCAAUUCAGCGCCUCCAACGGGGGAAAUCACGAUGAUCGGAUGACGAGGGAUUUUCUAGGGUUGAGGCCCUUGUCUCAAAGCGACAUUCUAAGCUUCGCAGGCUUGAGUAAUUGCAUCAAUACCACUUCUUGUGGUGAGCAUCAGAGCCAAUCUCAAAGAUCUUGGCAAGGUUAGAGCUUUGGUGGGUUGAGAUUAGAAUCUUGAAUCUUGAAUCUUGCUCAAUGUAUCCAUGGCAUGGUUUAAUUAGUUUGUUACUCUCCUUGAAGCGAAAGAGCUACUUUCCAAAAAAAUGUUUGAAACCCUAAAGGUGUAAUAUUUUGCUACAAGAUCAUUAAAUGAAGUGAAUUAGAGAAUUGAGUAGUA